AUGGGGCUUUCAGGCUUGCAGGGUCAGGAUCUGGCCACCAGGGGGCAGCAGGGCAUCAGCUGUGAGUAUCCCAGACUGACCCCUGUGCCCCUGGCCCCCUAUGCUUCUUGGGAUCAUAGCUCUGUCUUCGGCAGCCUCAACCCUCCUACCUGGCACCACACCCCUAACUCCUCAUGCGGUGUCAUUGUCUCUUCCCUGACAGGAGCUGCGGGGACCCCCCAGGAGAAGCCACAGGUGACCCAGGACUCAGGGCCCCGCAGCAUGGGGCUUAUGGGACGACACACAGCUGGCCAGCCACGAGUGACCCUGCUGCCCACACCCAAUGGCAGUGGGCUGAGCCAGGAGUUUGAAAGCCACUGGCCAGAGAUCCCAGAGAGGUCCCCAUGUGUGGCUGGCGUCAUCCCCGUCAUCUACUACAGUGUCCUGCUGGGGCUAGGGCUGCCUGUCAGCCUGCUGACCGCGGUGGCCCUGGCCCGCCUUGCCACCAGGACCAGGAAGCCCUCCUACUACUACCUUCUGGCACUCACGGCCUCAGAUAUCAUCACCCAGGUGGUCAUCGUGUUCGCAGGCUUUCUCCUGCAGGGAGCCGUGCUGGCCCGCCAGGUGCCCCAGGCUGUGGUGCGCACAGCCAACAUCCUGGAGUUUGCUGCCAACCACGCCUCGGUCUGGAUUGCCAUCCUGCUCACGGUUGACCGCUACAGCGCCUUGUGCCACCCCUUGCACCACCGGGCAUCCUCGUCCCCAGGCCGUACCCGCCGGGCCAUUGCUGCUGUCCUCAGUGCUGCCCUGUUGACAGGCAUCCCCUUCUACUGGUGGCUGGAUGUGUGGAGAGAUGCCGACCCACCCAGCACGAUGGAUGAGGUCCUCAAGUGGGCUCACUGCCUCACUGUCUAUUUCAUCCCCUGUGGCGUGUUCCUGGUCACCAACUCAGCCAUCAUCCACCGGCUACGGAGGACGAGCCAACCGCGGGUAGGCAAGAGCACGGCCAUCCUCCUGGGCGUCACCACGCUAUUCACCCUCCUGUGGGCACCCCGGGUCUCCGUCAUGCUCUACCACAUGUAUGUGGCCCCUGUCCACCGGGACUGGAGGGUCCACCUGGCCUUGGACGUGGCCAACAUGGUGGCCAUGCUCAACACAGCGGUCAACUUUGGCCUCUACUGCUUUGUCAGCAAGACUUUCCGGGCCACUGUCCGACAGGUCAUCCACGAUGCCUACCUGCCAUGCACUUUGGCGUCACAACCCAAGGGCAUGGCAGUGAAGCUUGUGAUGGAGCCUUCAGGGCUCCCCAAAGGGGCAGAAGUAUAGAGGAGGGGUCCCAGCUGGGGAGCUCAAGGUGGUUCAUAGCCACAAGUACUGGGGCCUUCGAAGUUGUGCCCCAAAAAUAUUUAUCAACACACUGCUUUCCUUGGGUGGGGGUGGAGGCCCCUCCUUUGGGUGUGGCUCCCAGGUAGAGAGGAGGACAACUCAGCCAACUCUUACAUUUGCUUCACCAGUGAUCCCUAUUUCCUGGGAAGACAAAAGGGCUCUGCCAGGCAUAGGCUAAUAGCAUCAGCGCUGUGGGCAUUCCUUUGCAAGGGGCAUUUUGCCUGGCUCAUCAUGAAUGAUAGAUUAAUGUUGGUUGAAUGGAUGGAGAAAUGGAUAGAUGGAUGGAUG